UCAGAUGUACAGACUCCAAAAUUGAGGUGUUUCUUCUUGAUGCGUGAACUGCGCACUCCGUCAAAAACAAAGACUGAUUUAGAAAAGGAACUCACUGUCACAAACUGCCUCCAGUGAAAUAAAGCGACGGGACACAGAUAAUCACUGAAAUCCCAAGCUGACACUCGGGUGGUCUCCAACCGCAUUCGCCUCCCGCAUCCGCAAUCAUGAGCUCGAGUUCACCUUCGUCGUCCAUUCAAUCCGGGGAUGUACCCAUCUAUACUCUGGACAAUCAUUCCGUUAAAGAUCCGCCUCUACCCGCAGUGGCCUCCACCAUUCACUACUUGAGAUUUAACCAGGACUGUACCUCUUUGGCCGUGGGCACUUCCCGUGGUUAUAAUUUGUAUUCCUUGUCUUCUGCUUUGGAGAGGCUUGAUCCCAUUCACACGAAUUCCGCGGCCGAGGUGAAAUCCAAGGUCCGAGUGGUGGAACGUUUGUUCUCCUCCUCAUUGGUGGCCUUGGUCACUCAAGAUGAGCCCCGCAAGCUUAAGGUGUGCCACUUCAAAAAGGGAACAUACAUCUGCGGCUGCGUCUACAACAACAACACCAUCUUGGCUGUAAAGCUGAAUCGAGCCCGAGUGGUGGUGUGUGUGGAUAAUGAGCUUUUCAUUCACAAUAUUCGAGACAUGCAUAUUCUCCACACAAUCAAAGACACGCCUCCUAAUCCCAAAGGCUUAGUUGCUCUCUCGUUCAAUUGUGACAACUGCUUUCUAGCCUACCCUGGUUCAAACACGACGGGUGAGGUGCAAUUAUUUGACGCCUUCAACCUCCAGGCCAAAAUCAUGAUUGCCGCCCAUGAUUCGCCCCUCGCUGCCCUGGCUUUUAACCCAUCUGGAGAGAGAUUGGCCACCGCCUCUGAAAAGGGCACGGUUAUUCGGGUGUUUGCCGUUGAAGACGGCUCCAAACUCUUUGAAUUCCGACGUGGAGUGAGGCGUUGUGCUACCAUCUACUGCAUGUCUUUCAGUCAGGAUAGUCAUUAUUUGGUCUUGAGCUCCAACACAGAGACCAUUCACGUGUUCCGAAUGCAAGACCAACAACAGCCGCCUCAUUCUCAGGCUCAUCAAGCUUUGGAAGAUACAUCCGCCAGACGACAAAGCCAAUGCUCUACAGGGAGUGGCGGUGAUGAGUCUUGGAUGGGUUACUUUAGCAAUGCCGUCAGCCUUGGCGCCUCAUAUUUGCCAGCACAGGUCACCGACACCUUAAAUCAGACCAGGUCCUUCGCCACGGUGACGGUGCCCAAUGCUACCUUUAAUUUAGGGACUGCUCCAAAUACUGUGGCCAUUGCCACUAUUGCCAGGGAACUUCGUCUUCUGUUGGCGUCCUCAGAUGGGUAUCUCUACAUAUACAAUCUUCCAGGUGACGAAGGUGGGGAAUGUAUCCUGAUUAAACAACAUCGCAUAGAUUUGAGCCCUGUGCAUUCAACGUCGACUGAAAACCUCAGUGGAGACGUAGGUUUGGGUGUCGAGCGGUCGGAGCCCAAGCCCAUACGUGACGACGGACACGCCCAGGUUCACGAGGGCGGCUCUUGCUCACCGGCCUCAUUACCCGCCGUGCUCAAGGUGAACCGACCAUCUUCCCAUAGUCCGCCCUCAUUAGAUGAUUCGCCACCUCCCACGAUGCAACGGCCAGAGAUUUAGAACAAAGCAAUCAUCCACGCACGUGUAGCAAUAUAUACGAUGUAAUUUUCGGACUUUUUUUCCUCGCAAGGCAUGAUAAAGGAAAGAAGAUGCGCCUUUUAUUUUCUAUCCGAGCAUUGGCCAUUAUGUGUUUGUUUGAUAAAAUAAAGUUUUGUUAUCCAUCCUAAGAUAGAAUAAACAAAUCUAAGACAAA